CCAGCAUAGCCUCCCUUCGUUGAAGGUCAAUAACACCAUGGCGGACCAAAACUCACUUGAGCCGUGUCCUGAAAAGCCUUGGCAGAUAGCAAAAAAAUGGCAAAAGCAGAAUUUUUAUCGUGGAUCCCAGUACCCUCCAUUUUCAAUUGAGCCUUUGCCAUACGAGCGACAGAGACUUGCUGGAUCUGGAAUGACAGAUGAGGAUCGUGCACUUCGAAGACAGUGGAUUAAAGACCAAGAGUUGCACCACGAACCUCGUUUUGUGAAAGAGCUGAAGCCAAGAAAUUUCUUUCGACGGCUUUAUAUGAACCCAACUGAUGCUUUCUUCAAUUACUUCAUUCCAUUGAUUGGAAAAACUCCAGCCGCUAUGCUCCGCAUCGUGAUUCCAAGGGCAUUGCUUGGACUGUCUGGUCUUUAUGUUUUCUAUUACAACAUCAAGUACCUCUCCAAUGACUGGACAAGGGCAGGAGGUUUAAAUGUUUUCGAAAGCAAACCUAUGAUCCUAACAAGUACAGUUCAUCUGCCGGAGAAAAAGCAUGAUGAUUACUAUGAUCGUGGAUUCAAGGCAAGAACUGCCCUUCUUUACAAGGAAAAAGAUUCAGAAAUUUAAAGACAGUGAUACAGUUACAGGCAUGCAGACAUUUGAAGAAAUCAGUAGCUUGUGAACAGUUUUCCUUGUAACAGAAUACAAAUAGAAAAAAAUAUAUCAAGUGUGAAAAUAUGUACAGCUAAUGUAAUUACUGUUGCUUCUCAUUACAAGUGCAGUGAAUAAAGCAAUGUCUUUAAUCUACA